AUGUGUGACAGCAGUGGUGGCCUCUGUGACAGACAGUGUCAGCUUGUGCUGCAGGCUCCCCCAUCACUGAGGCUUAGAGGCGGUGAGAGAACAGUGCAGGUAGAAGGACUGACUGAGGUCGGUCAGCAAUUUGAAGAGAGUGUCACAGAGACUGACCAGUCCUUUAUGAAUGCAGAGUCUGAUGGCAUUCUGGGCCUGGGAUACCCCUGCUUGGCUGCUGAAAGGGUGACCCUGGUGUUCGACACAAUGGCCCAGAAGCUGGUGGAUCUACCCGUGUUUUCCGUGUACACGAGCAGUGACACAGGAGGUGGUGCAGGUAGCGAGCUGAUUUUCAGAGGCUAUGACCACUCCCAUCUCUCUGGGAACAUAGAUUGAGUCCCAGUCACCAAACAAGGCUACUGGCAGAUUGCAGUGGACACAAUCCAGGUGGGAGGCACCAUGAUGUUCUUCUCCGAAGGCUAGGCCAUUGUGGACCCAGGGGCCUCCCUCAUCACAGGCCCCUCAGGCAAGCAGCUGCACAGAUCCCUGGGGCAGAGCCCAUGGAUGGGGAAUUGGGAGGCCUCUGAAUGGAUCCGCUGUGCUGUGUUUUCGUACACUGUGGAGUGUGUCAACAUCGGUGUCUUGCUGGAUGUCACCUUCACCAUCAAUGGGGUCCCCCACACCCUCCAACCAACUGCCUACACCCUGCUGAAAUUCAUGGAUGGAAUGAAGUUCUUAAUCAGUGGCUUUCAAGGUUCUGACAUCCAACCUCCAGCUUGGUCCUUCCGGACCCUAAGCAAUGUAUCAUUAAACAGUUUUACUGCCUUUGACCAUGGGAAUAACCAUGUGGGGCUGGCCCCAGCAAUCCCCUAA